ACCAAAUUAAAACACAAAACACUGUUAUUAUUAAUUGUUUGGUACGUUUGAUCUCCCCGGCGGGCGGCAGUAGUGGCGGCGGAAUGGAUCGCGUAGCGAAGGCGGCGGCGCAGAAGGCGGUGGUGAUCUUCAGCAAGAGUUCGUGCUGCAUGUGCCACGCCAUCAAGAGGCUGUUCUACGAGCAAGGAGUGAGCCCCAUGAUAUACGAGCUGGACGAGAUGGAUAGCUACAACGGCCGGGAAAUGGAGCGAGCCCUCCUCCGCCUCGGCUGCAACCCCGCCGUCCCGGCGGUCUUCAUCGGCGGCAGGUUUGUCGGCUCCGCCAACACCGUCAUGACCCUUCAUAUUAAUGGCUCGCUUAAGAAGAUGCUCAAGGAGGCCGGUGCUCUCUGGCUUUAGCUUAUCUUUCGUGACUUAUUUAGCAAGCUAGCAAGGUCACUUUAACUGUACUUUUUAACCAAUACUUUGACCUUGUUGCUACA